AUGAAUCCCAAUAAGCUUCUCGAGGAGCACCAGGCCGCUGUCGCCGAGAUCCAGAAGCAGGUCAAGCACUUCUACGACAACAAGAAGCCGUUCCGUGUCUACCAUGGCUCGACAAGCUCCACGCGUCCGCUGUCCUUCAAGGCAGAUGCCAUUGUCGACACCAGCAGCAUGGACCGCAUCUUCCCUGUCAAUCUGGAGACCAUGACCGUGCAAGCCGAGCCCAAGGUGCCCAUGGACGCCCUGGCUGCCCACACCCUCAAGCACGGUGUCAUUCCAAAGAUUGUCAUGGAAUUCAAGGGCAUCACUGUUGGCGGUGGCUACUCUGGCUUUUCCGGCGAGAGCAGCAUGUACCGCUAUGGCCUCUUCAACAAUACCAUCUCCGAGAUCGAGAUUGUGCUCGGCGACGGCACGCUGGAAAAGGCCAACCGCGAGCACAAUGCAGAUCUGCUGGAGCACGCUGCCGGCAGCUUGGGCACGUUUGGCAUUGUCACCUUGCUCACCAUUGAGUUGAUCCCGGCCACUACAUACGUCAAACUGGACGUCCAGCUGGUCGACGACGUUGCCACGGCCCACGACUUGUUUGAGGCGGCCACCAAGGACGAGUCGAUCCACUUCAUUGAUGGGGUCUACUUCCGCAAGGGCACAAUUGCCGUCAUGUUUGGCCGGUUUGUCAACGUCCUGCCCCAGGGCAGGUCUGCUCUCAAGAAGAUGGAGGUUCACUGGUUUGCCGACACCAUUGAGGACGCUCUCAAGAAGAAGCCCACGGCCGAGAAACCCAUAGACAUCUACAUGUUCACGCCCGACUAUCUCUUCCGCUAUGACCAUGGCGCUUUCUGGGGUGGCAAGCUUGCCUUUAAGCACUUUCACGUGCCCGAGAAUGCCCUCACCAAGCGCCUGGCCGACCCCUUCCUCGACAGCCGCACCUGCUACCAUGCGCUGCACAAGUCCGGCCUUGCCAACGAGUACGUUGUGCAAGACUUUGGCAUUCCAGCGAGCACGGUCAAGGAAUUCAUUACCUUCGUCAACGACACCCUACCAGAGCUGAUGAUCUUCUUGGCUCCGUGCAAGGCCCCCAAGGAGAUUGGCCUGACCUCUCGUUUCAACGCCCGCGUCGACGAAGUUUCGGACCAACGCAUCUUUGCCGUGGGCGUCUACGGCCGUGGACCUCGUGACCCGAGGGAGUUUUACGAACUCAACCGCAAGCUCGAGCUGCGAAGCGCCGAGCUCAUGGGUGCCAAGCUCCUGUACGCCCGAACGUACUACACCGAGGACGAGUUCUGGCUCAUCUACCGCAAGGACGUCUACGACGAGAUGCGCAAGAAGUACAAGGCCGAGACGCUGCCUUCUGUCUACGACAAGCUCAGGGCGGACAUGGAGACCGGUGCAGGCAAGCGAAGGCCUGUGCGCGGCAUCCUCGAAACAAUGUGGGACAAGGCCAUGGGCAACAAGGCUUACAUCCCUGUGAAGAAAUGA